UCCCCAGCUAUGAACUUUUAGAACAUCAGAUUUAUACAGACAGUCGAGUUGCGAAAUUAGGGUUUUCAAUUUUCGCAAAAUCGCAAUGAAAUCACAUCUUCUUACCACUGAUCUCAUCUAAUUUUUCUGCGAUUUUCUUGUUGGAUGAUGGAAAUGGAGUAUAUGCGAGAAAUCCCAAAUAAUCAGAUGGAUCGUCGACCAAGAAAAAGACCUAGAAUUUCAACCUGGGAAACCCCUCAAUCCUCCAAGGCUCAGUCAGGAUUAUAUAGUGGCCAAGAGGUUGGCAAUAUCACAAGCUUUGGACCAUCAAGGGUACAUUUGGAGCAUCCUAGUCAUUUUGUGAAGGGAUUGGUUCAUAAAGGCUCUCCACCAUGGCGCGAUGAUGACAAAGAUGGGCAUUACAUAUUUGAGCUUGGAGAAAAUUUAACACCACGCUAUAAGAUUCUCCGGAAGAUUGGAGAAGGUACCUUCGGCCAGGUCCUAGAAUGCUGGGAUAGAGAGUUGAGAGAGAUGGUUGCCAUAAAGAUUAUCCGAAGUAUCAAGAAAUAUCGUGAUGCUGCAAUGAUAGAAGUAGACGUGCUCGAGCAGCUUGGGAGACACAACAAAAAUGGAAAUGGUUGUGUUCAAAUACGAAACUGGUUUGACUAUCGUAACCAUAUAUGUAUUGUAUUUGAGAUGCUUGGACCAAGCUUAUUUGAUUUUCUUCGGAAAAACAAUUAUCGAUCCUUUCCAGUUGACCUAGUUCGCGAGAUCGGGAGACAACUCUUGGAAUGUGUAGCAUUCAUGCACGAUUUGCGCCUUGUCCACACUGAUUUGAAGCCAGAAAAUAUACUUUUUAUUUCUUCAGAAUAUGUAAAAAUACCAGAUAAUAAGGGUACUCUAAGAGAGGGAAAGAGGCUGCCAAAGUCUUGUGCAAUAAAGGUUAUUGAUUUUGGCAGCACCGCUCAUGGUACCCAAGUGCAUAAUUACAUUGUGUCUACUAGACAUUAUCGAGCUCCUGAGGUCAUUCUUGGGCUUGGAUGGAGUUACCCAUGUGAUUUAUGGAGUAUUGGCUGUAUCUUGGCAGAACUUUGCUCGGGGGAAGCAGUGUUCCAAACUCAUGAGAAUCUGGAGCAUUUGGCCAUGAUGGAGAGGGUUUUGGGCCCCUUACCUGACAACUUGCUAAGAAGAGCAGACAGUCGACAUGCUGAGAAGUACAUUCGAAGAGGAAGGUUGAACUGGCCCGAAGGUGCUACUUCCAGGGAAAGCAUCAAAGCUGUUCUGAAACUGCCUCGUCUUCAGAACUUAGUGAUGCAACAUGUGGAUCAUUCUGCUGGAGAUCUCAUAGACCUCCUGCAAAGGCUACUUCAUUAUGACCCGACCCAAAGAAUGAAAGCUAGAGAAGCCCUCAGGCACCCCUUCUUUGCAAGAAACCGCUACAGGCUCUGAGGGGUAUUGUCGUCAUUUUUACUAGUCCUCUUCUGUUUGUACUUUGUAGUAGAUUAGGCAUUUUUAUCCUCUUUGUCCCGCGAAAGAGUGGGAAACAUUAGAUCAAAUACCUCUAGCAACAGCUGCUUCUUCAUUGUGAGUUGUAAAUAAAAGGAUGUUUUGGGAGGAAUUCAUCUGAUUGAGCUGAAUCUUGCAAAUCCAGAAAAAAGUACCAAAAAUUUUAGAAAAAUUCUGAUAUAUUUUCUUUCA